GCUUGUUCAGGGCGCUGACACAAGCGUUUGACUGCUGCCGCCAUGAUCCGGGCUAAGGUGCUGCCGACGGUGCUCAGCCAGAUUCUGGGCGAUGGCAUCACGGCGACGUUCUUGAUGACGUCAGAAGGAGCACUUCUGGGUUCGGUUGGGUCUAUGGACAUCGAAGUGUCAUCGUUGCCUGUCGUGGACAACAAGGUCGUCGGCGCAAUCGUAUCCAACGUGUGGGGUGAAUACGCAGAAUCGGCCAAGGAGAUCUUCACUGACGAGGCCCUGCAGGUGCUGUUCCUGCACUUUGACAAGGGCAAGUCUCUCUCGAUCGCAUCCGCGGGGACGGGGUACCUCGUAUGCGCGUACUCGGACGGAACAGCGCCGAUUGGAUUGGUCAAGGCACGAUUGCAGGCGCUGCAGCCAUUCCUGAAAGACGCGUUGCAACAAAUUCAACUCUAAUUCCUUUCUCUUCCACUAAAUCAGUCUUGGAAUCAUCUUCGUCUGGGUGUACGACAUUAUCCUCAAGCGAGUCGACGGCAGUCCUCCCUGUGGUAACUCGUGACCUUCCUUUGGUCAGAAGCGCUCCUUGUUCGUUCGAGAUUCCGUUCGC